GCGUCUGACUAUUUUGAUUGUCCCUCUUUAAACUACUUCCACGGUUCAGAUCCGAGCUCUCCUUUCUCUAUCUCUCUGUCCCUUAUCUCUUUCCAUAAGAAGAAAGAAGAAGAAGAGAUCUUUCACUGUCUUCUCCGUUCUCGUUUGCAGCUUUCAGAGAUUCGCGGAUCAGUUCAAUCUGAAGAAGUGUUAAGUUUCUCAACUUAUCCACCAUGGAUCAGGCAGAACUGUCUAUGGAGCAGGUGUUGAAAAGGGACAUUCCAUGGGAGACUUACAUGACAACUAAGCUCAUCUCAGCCACAGGUCUCCAGCUCUUGAGGCGCUUUGAUAAAAAACCUGAAAGUGCUAGGGCACAGUUGCUCGAUGAAGAUGGUCCAGCUUAUGUUCAUCUGUUUGUUACCAUCCUACGUGAUAUAUUCAAGGAGGAAACUGUGGAAUAUGUUUUGGCUUUGAUUUAUGAGAUUCUCUCUGCAAACCCAACACGAGCUCGGUUAUUCCAUGAUGAAUCUUUGGCACAUGAGGAUACUUACGAGCCUUUCUUAAGGUUGCUAUCGAAGGGAAAUUGGUUCAUUCAAGAAAAAAGCUGCAAGAUUCUUGCCUGGAUUAUAAGUGCUAGGCCAAAAUCUGGUAAUGGUUUUGCUAAUGGAGAAGCUUCGGGUUCUAAAAAACCUAUUACGACAAUUGAUGAUGUUCUCAAUGGGUUGGUGGAAUGGCUUUGUGCUCAGUUGAGGCAACCUUCUCAUCCUACUCGUGGUGCUCCAAUUGCAAUCAACUGCCUGUCAACACUGCUUAAGGAACCUGUUGUCAGAUCUUCGUUUGUUCAGGCAGAUGGGGUGAAGUUACUUGUCCCUCUUAUCUCACCUGCAUCCACUCAACAGUCUAUCCAGCUUCUCUAUGAAACAUGUCUCUGCAUCUGGCUUCUGUCCUACUUUGAACCCGCAAUAGAGUACUUGGCAACAUCUAGGACAAUGCAAAGGCUCACGGAAGUGGUUAAGAGCUCGACUAAGGAAAAGGUUGUCAGAGUUGUCAUAUUGACAUUCAGGAACUUGCUUCCAAAAGGUACGUUUGGUGCCCAGAUGGUUGAUCUUGGACUCCCACAUAUCAUCCACAGUCUGAAAACACAAGCCUGGAGUGACGAGGACUUGCUGGAUGCACUGAACCAACUAGAAGAAGGGCUAAAAGACAAGAUCAAGAAGUUGAGUUCCUUUGACAAAUACAAGCAAGAGGUUCUUCUUGGCCAUCUUGACUGGAACCCAAUGCACAAAGAAGCCAAUUUCUGGCGUGAGAAUGUCACUUGCUUUGAGGAGAAUGACUUCCAGAUACUAAGGGUUCUCCUCACAAUCCUGGACACGUCAAGUGAUCCAAGAUCAUUGGCGGUGGCAUGCUUUGAUAUCUCGCAGUUCAUACAGUACCACCCAGCGGGGAGAGUGAUCGUGACAGACCUCAAGGCGAAAGAAAGAGUGAUGAAACUGAUGAACCAUGAGAACGCUGAGGUUACCAAGAAUGCUCUCUUGUGCAUUCAGAGGCUUCUCCUUGGUGCUAAGUACGCCAGCUUCUUGCAAGCUUGAUGUGUUUCUUUCUAUAUAAUGGAAAGCAACCAAAAACACAGACAGACACAGUGUUUCCUUUUCUUCCUGUGGAUUUGUUGUUAAAACCUCCCCCAAAACCCCUGCCGGCUUCUCAUCUCUUUAUUAUUUUGUCCUAAGAAAGUGCUAUUAUACGCUUAAAUAAAUAUAUCUGCGUUGCUUUCUCCCUUUUGUAUUUAUUUAUUUAAUAAAAGGCCUCGAGGAAUGCUAUUGUUACAGAGCAAUCACGGGACUGUCUGUCACUUUGUUGUACGACUGUUGUGAGUAUUUCAGUGUAAUGCAGAUGAGAUAAUUUGGUUGCA